AUCUGGUCACGCGCAACGCUAACCAGAAAGAUGUCACGAGGCUUCUGUUUCUCUGCCAUACUCUCAUCUUUGAUGACUUUCAUCAUCAUUUUGCUGACGAAGGAAACGAACGCUGAGCAAAGAAAUGCAUUGCUGAUACUUGCUGAUGAUGGGGGCUUUGAAAUGCGGUCUUAUUUAAAUAAUAUUUGUCAGACGCCUAACUUGGAUCGGCUGGCUAAGCAGAGCUUGAUAUUUAAUAAUGCCUAUACUUCAGUCAGUAGUUGUUCUCCAAGUCGUUCAGCUAUACUGACGGGAAUGCCUAGUCAUCAGAAUGGGAUGUAUGGACUUCAUCAAGGUGUUCAUCAUUUUAAUUCCUUUGAUGAUGUGCAGAGUUUGCCUAGAAUAUUUAAAAGGAAUAAUAUUCGAACAGGUAUUAUUGGAAAAAAACACGUUGGCCCAGCUGACGUGUAUCCCUUCGAUUUCGCAGAGACGGAAGAGAACAAUUCAAUUCUUCAAGUGGGCCGUAAUAUAACAAAAAUAAAAUUACUCGUUCGCGAGUUUCUUUCACAAAAUAAAUCACAGCCAUUCUUCCUCUAUGUUGCUUUUCAUGAUCCUCAUCGUUGUGGUCAUACUCAUCCAGAAUAUGGAAAUUUCUGUGAAAAAUUUGGGAAUGGCGACACUGGUAUGGGUACCAUACCUGAUUGGCAUCCUAUCUAUUAUCAGUGGGAACAGGUAAAGCUUCCAUAUUUUGUUCAGGAUACUGAAGCAGCUCGACGAGAUAUUGCAGCACAAUAUACAACAAUUUCUCGUCUGGAUCAAGGAGUCGGUUUAGUUUUAAAGGAACUGAAAGAUGCUGGGGUUCUUGAUGAUACUUUAGUUAUUUAUACUUCAGACAAUGGUAUACCAUUUCCAAGUGGACGUACCAAUCUUUAUGACCCAGGUAUGGCAGAACCGAUGAUGAUCUCCUCCCCAUAUCAUAAGAAUCGCAGAAAUCAGGCAACUCACAGUAUGACAUCUCUAUUGGAUAUUGCUCCAACUUUAUUAGAUUGGUUUAAUAUGACAUAUGAGCAUCAGAUAUCAGAAAAUGAUGUGUCGUCCUCUUCCCGAUUGACUGGAAAAUCUUUGUUGCCAUUAUUGAUCGAAGAGCCGCAGGAAAACAAUACAGCCGUUUUUGCCAGCCAAACUCAUCAUGAAGUGACAAUGUAUUAUCCAAUGCGAGCAAUAAGAACAAAGCGCUACAAGCUCAUUCAUAAUUUAAAUUACAGAAUGCCAUUUCCCAUUGAUCAAGACUUUUAUCUGUCACCAACUUUUCAGGAUCUCUUGAAUAGAACAAGAGAAAAGCAACCACUACCUUGGCACAAAUCAUUGAAAACUUAUUACGAAAGAUCUGAGUGGGAGCUAUACGAUUUGAAACACGAUCCCGAGGAACUGAAGAAUUUAGCACGCAAGCCUUCUUCUAAGGCAUUGUUUGCGGACUUGCAACAAAGACUGUAUGAAUGGCAGAAAGAGACCGCGGAUCCUUGGCUAUGUGCCCCAAGUGGUGUACUCGAAAUUAUUGGAAAAGAUAAAAAAUCAGGACAGUGUAUGCCCUUGGACAAUUUUAACUAUUAGUAGGAUUACUUAAUUUUUAAACAAUACCAUGACAAAUUACUAACGACAUUCAUGAAGUUGGAGGCGCUUGGUAAUGAAAGAAUCAUCACAAUCUUAAACAAGAUCCCUGGAUUUUCUAAUAGUGCAUCCGCGGAUAUACGUGGACGAGAUUCAAAUAGCAACAACUCUAUCACUGUUUUCACUAAUUUAUUUUUUACCUCUCGCUAGCUCCAUGCACCUCAUCAGUACCUAUAUUUUUACUAUAUUUUUUAUUACAAUAUUAACAGGAGUUACGGUUUGAAUAAAAAUUUGGAAAAAUAAUA